AUGCUCCCUCCCAACGGGAAUGUUGGGAAUCCAGAGAAUAUGAGGAAGAGGGUGGAGAAGGUGGAGAGGAAGGAGAGGGAGAAGGAGAGGGAGAAGAAGAAGAAGAAGAAGAAGAAGAAGCAGAAGGACAAGAAGGAGAAUAAGGAGAAGAAGGGGGAGAAGGAGGAGGGGGAGAAAGGGGGCAGGGCCCCUGUUUAA